UUAAUGAAUAAGAUGCUCAAAAAGUUUCAUUGAAAAAUUCUACCGGGAAGCGCCCCAAAUGGCAUCGGCCAUACAGAACAUCCUAUAUAAGGCUUCAUUUGACAUUUUUUGUAAGCUCGAGGCCCUAUCUGACCCUUUUCCCGAUUAACUAUGAUCCGGUCUGAUUUAAACUGGUAUGAACCUGUAGAUGUAUGAUAUUUGUAUAUUUUAUACUCCCUCCAUCCCUUAAAGGUUUGUCAUGUUUGACCGGCACGUAGAAUAAUAAAGUAAAAACUGUGUGGUAGAGAUUUGUGCAGAGGAGCAAGAAAUAACAUGAGCUACACAUUGAUUCGCAAAUUAUACCGUGGGAUCGGCCCACCAUGCGCAUGGUGUGCUGAUCCCAAAACGGUGUCGUUUUGCAUAAAAAAAAUAGGUUGUUAUGUUCGUAUUUCUGUUUUCUGUUGCAGUCGACUUCUUUCAAUUCGUCUGCUUCUUUCUUCCGUUUUUGUUUCUAUUCACUACGCUUACGAUUUUGAUUUGCCUUCAAUGGAUUUUUCUCUAGAUGAUUCAGCUGUCAUGAAUUCAUCGAUUGAAUUCGGAGAUUCUAUUCCUAUUACUAUACAUGAUAACGUGAUUCAUUCAUCCGGUGACAAUAAUUUUGAAUGUGAUCAGCCACUUCAUGUCGAAAUCAUUGGAGAAGACGAAACUGGUUUAAUGGCUUCUAAAUUGUUGCAUCUUCUUAGUAGAGGAGAGCGGGACAAAGGUUUCUGAUAUUCAAUGUAUGCUUCAAAAAUAGGCAGGUGGGGUUAGUGCUCUUGGAUUCACCAAACGUGAUGCUUAUAACAUUCUAGAAUCUGAAAAGAGUAAAACGUUUGAUGGUAGUGAUUCUAACACUUUGAUUUCUAUAUUGAAAAAAAGGGCUGAAGUGGAAUUUGAUUUUUACUUUGAUUUUGAGGUAGAUGAAGGUGUACUAAGUUGUUUUUUCUGGAGAGAUGGCCAAAUGAGAUCAGAUUAUGAGAGGUUUGGUGAUUUAGUCUUGCAUGAUACAACUUACAGGACUAACAAAUAUGACAUGAUUUGUGGUCCGUUUGUUGGUAUGAAUCAUCACUGUAAGAAUAUUAUGUUUGGUUGUGGCUUUAUGUUGAAUGAAAAGGUGGAGUCCUUUGUUUGGUUAUUUCAGACUUUUUUGAAAUCUAUGGGCAGUAAACACUCUAUCACAUUUAUGACAGACCAAUCAUUUUCAAUGGCAGCAGCUAUAAAAUCAGUUUUCCCUGAGUCAAGACAUCGGCUAUGCACUUGGCAUAUAGAUGAGAAUUUGAAAAAACACAUCAUGUUUCUACGGAAGAAGAUAAAUUUUGUUCCUCUAUUUCAUUAUGUUGUCAAACGAUGUGACACAGUUGCAGAGUUUGAUUUCUACCGGUCUGAGUAAGUUAUUUGUAUUUUGAUGUAACCUCUUACUUAUUCCGUAUAAUUUGUUCAUUGCGUUUGUGUAACCCAUGUUGGUUUAGUAUGUAACUUUGUGUUAGUUUUUUACUUGUUCAUUGUGUUUGUGUAACUUGUGUUGGUUUAGUAUGUAACUUUGCGUUUGUAGAUUCACUUCUCCCAAAGUGAAUGUUUCCGAAAAGAAAGGACCGUAUCACUAUGAACUCUAUAUUACAGGGAGUUUGAAUAGUCCUCGCAAACGUCCUUAUAUGUUAAGUUUGUCUGGUAAAUCGUCUGGGGAUUCUACUAAGACCUUAAUUUGAUUAGUGCUUAAUAUACAAGGCACUAUGGGUCACACAACAAGUGAUUAUACCUUCCGAUUGAAUUGUUAGAAGGAAUUAAAUAUUAUUAAUUGGAUUAAAUAAUAUUUAAUUCAUAAUGCUGAAAAUAAGAUGAGUUAAUUAUUAAUUAGAUUAAUA